GGUCAGAGUUAAGGCUGGCUUAAGCUGUGCGCGGCCUGCCACCGACAGGUGUUGACGUUACCUGGGCCGACGCGCUAGCAGGGUCUGCGAGGAGCCAGUUCGCAGCCUGCCGCUCAAUAUUACCACGCGGAACGGCCAGCAACGUGCCUGAUACACACUCACACUCUACCGAUGAACAGUUCGGUAUACUGACAAUAGUUCAUGGGAAAAACACAUUGUAUCUACUCGAGUGCUAUUCAUUUCGGACACAGCUUUGCUCUAAUGGAAAAAGGAAAUGAAGUGCCAUUAACAGACAACAGAGAAUAACUUCAAUGGAUUUUUAUUAAAACUUUUGCAAGAUGCGACCCAGUGUGACAUGAAUACACACCAACCGAGACGCAUCUGACUUGGAUCAUCCGCUGGUACCAUCAGUGAUAAACACAUCGUCUGUGAUAGCAAACAUGAACCCCCAAACCCUGCUGGUGCAGGUCGCAGUGCUUUGCGCCGCGCUCACACUCGUCAACACAUCCAACAUCGGCGCCGACGAUGACGCUAAGAAAUCGCGUCGGCGAAAGUGUCGUUGUAAGAAAUAUAUUGCACAAAUAAACCAAGACAUAGAUAAAAGAUUAGAAGCGUUUGAAAAUAAGUUCGAAAAGUAUUUGAAAACCUCGCUCGACGACUUAAAUAAAAACAAUGACGACGUUCAUUUAAAUGUAAUAUCAGAAAAUAUGAAUGAGACAAGAGACACAUUGAAAAAGGAGAGUUUGACGUUAAAACGUUUACAAAGAAGUAUUCAUACACAGGAAAUUAGUGUUGAAACUUUAAAUGCAAAUUUUCAAGCUUUGGAUACAAUAGUGCGUAACCUGUCGCGAAUUGUGGAGCGACUUGAGUGGACAAUGCGCUCUAGUCUGGAAUUCCGCCUUACUGACGUACGGACGCAAGAAGAGGCGGCGAACACAACUCCAGAGCCACUGUACCCAACAGAUUGCGAGGCCGUAUACGCGAGUGGGGGUAUGAAGUACCUGGGUGACUACUACAUCAUGGUGAGGCCCGACCGCUCACCAACACCAUUCAAGGUCGUCUGUAAGAUCAUCGAAGGAGCAGGGUGGACGGUGAUCCAGAGGCGACAGGAUGGACGGGAGAAUUUCUCGCGCGACUGGGAGGACUACAAACACGGCUUCGGUCGACUCCAGGGCGAGUUCUGGCUUGGAAACGACAACAUCCAUUUCCUCACUACACAAGGCGACUACGAGCUGCGUGUGGUGCUUGAGGACUGGGAAGGCGGCCGUCACCACGCCGUUUACGACCGCUUCCGGGUGUCGGGGGAGGACCAGGACUUCCGGCUGCACGUGAGCGGCUACCAUGGCGACGCCGGCGACUCGUUGACGACGUACUACCACAGCCAUGAUGGAAUGGCGUUCAGCACGUACGACCGCGACAACGACCGCCGACUGUACGACAACUGCGCAGAGUUCUACAGCGGCGGCUGGUGGUUUAAUGAUUGCUUCGAGAGCCACCUGAACGGCAUGUACUACCAGUACGGCGACCACGACAACUACUUCGUCCGUAACGGCAUCCAGUGGAAUACCAUCCACCGAUAUUCAUCCCUCAAAUUCGUGGAAAUGAUGGUUAAGCCCGCCAAGAGCCCAAAACUGCCGAAUGAAAUAUAGACGGUCAGGGUAUAUGGAAGCAGGCGGGUUGUUAAAAUGGGUUUGUGGCGCGGAGUGCUAUUGCCCUUAGUUGCCUUUAGGCGAUAGACAAUCAAGUGAAUAUGUGAUGCGGGAGUGGUUAUCCAAACUAGUCACUUCAUGUUGCUAUGUUACAAAGGGUUCGUCUUUUCACAUGAUGAUUGCCUUCUGAAAAGAUCCCUUGGCAACAACUCAAAAUUGUUUGCAUCCAUUGUUUAUAUCGUUAGUGAAUACAUGUAUGUUGAAAACGUUAAACAAACAACUUGUACUGUAUUGGCCGUUUUCACUGUAAAUUUCACUCUUAUUUAUUGCAUUUGAAUCUCAUGUGUACAUAUAUAUAUAUCCGUUCAAGUUACUUGAAGUAUAAAUUGGCUUGUCGUUUGCUGUAUCAUUUGCUGGUUGUACAUGGACAACUUAUGCCUUGUUACUGAAUGCAAUAUCAUUUUCCUGUCACAUGUUUCGCUGUUUAGUCAUUUACAUUAUACCACAUUAUUGGCCAUUUCUGUUCGAGAAUGAUGUAUGAUAUUAUUUCUCUGAUAUUUGUUCCUCGUUUUGACAAGAGCAGUUUUGUUUGAUUUGUAGGUGUUUAGUUACCGUUGUCAAACAUUUGCUUACAUUUUUUUCAUUAGACAUUUGUUUCAUUUCAACUUUCUUUUUCUUUUUUGUACUUGACUCUAAAGUGGUUUAUUAUAGAAGUAGUUCCUCUGGUAAAAGUUGUCUAUUAUAUAAGUGGUUCCAUUGGCAAAAUUGGUCUAUUAAAGAAGUUGUUUCAUUAGUAAAAGUGGUCUAUUACAGUAGUAGUUCCACUGGUAAGUGGUCUAUAGUAGAAGUAGUUUCACUGGUAAAAGUGGUCUAUUACAGAAGUAGUUCCACUGGUAAAAGUGGUCUAUAGUAGAAGUAGUUCCACUGGUAAAAGUGGUCUAUUACAGAAGUAGUUCCACUGGUAAAGGUGACAACUGGUUUGUUACAUUAAUGAAUAAUGUGUUUUUUGAAUCAAAUAUAGCUGCUUAAUAAUUUUAGAGUUUUGAAUUUGCAGACAUUUCCCGAAAACUCUUUGUACAUACUGUAUGUACAUCUAUCAGUGCCAAUCAUGUUUAAAAUAAAAUGUUUUCAACUUA